AUGAUUUCCCUUUCUUGGAUAAUUUGGUUAAUUGCUGUGUUGAUCUUGAACAUUGUUUUUAUGAACUUCAUUAUUGCAGUUAUCUCAGAGUCUUAUGAGAAAGUCAUGCAGAAAUUAGUAGCCUAAUCUUACAAGGUCAAAGCAAACAUGAUAGUGGAAAGAGAACUUCUUUUGACACCUCAAAAUGAAGUAGAAAGAAGAUUUUAUUUCCCCGAAUAUAUUAUUCUUAGAAGACCUAUUGAAACUAAUGAAGGGGAUUCAGGAAUUCUUAAGAAAAGAUGUUGA